UUGUACAAAUGAAGCUACACGCAGGCUGACUGGCAGAUACUCGGGACGUAACUGAUUUGUUACAACGCAAAAGUUUCAUUAGACUGCGGCUAUCAUCUCAUUUUAAUUAGACUGGGUGCUGGUAUUCAGCGGGACAUUUAAUAUGACUGACACGUGACUGAACUCGUCAAAUGAGCCGCGGGCGCCGAGGCCGUAGCUGAAAUAGCCAAUGAAGAGUGACAGCUGGUUAAUCAGGAAGUAAUUAAAUCACUCAAACGGGCACGCUGUUUUGUUUUGACGGGAGUGCGCAGGGCGGAAGUUUGAACAGCAGGAGGCUAACGUCAGGAUAUCACGCUAUAGCCGUUUUUGGCUCCUCUAAAAUGGACAUAUUUGUCCUGAGGUGUUUUUUCCUGCUGGUCCUUCACACGUCGACGUAUCCUGCUGCCGCGGGGAGAGAGAGGAAAAAUGUCCUUUUCAUCAUGGCAGAUGAUUUGCGGACAUCUCUGGGGUGCUAUGGGGAUCCGGUGGCUAAAUCGCCCAACAUUGACCAGCUGGCAUCCAGAGGCCAAGUCUUUCUCAAUGCCUUUGCGCAGCAAGCUGUGUGCGGUCCCAGUCGGGUAUCCAUGUUAACCAGUCGGAGACCGGACACAACCAGGCUCUAUGACUUCAACUCCUACUGGAGAGUCCAUUCUGGAAACUACACGACUCUGCCACAGUACUUUAAAUCUCAAGGGUACUUCACUAUGUCUGUGGGCAAGGUGUUUCACCCAGGUAUUGCCUCCAACAAUACUGACGACUAUCCUUACAGCUGGUCCAUCCCAGCCUAUCACCCACCUUCAUUCACAUAUGAGAAAAAAAAGAUGUGUAAAGGGAAGGAUGGGAAACUCCACGUCAACUUGCUCUGUGCUGUGAAUGUGAGCGAGCAGCCUGGGGGAACCCUCCCUGACCUGGAGAGCACAGAGGAGGCGGUGAGGUUACUGAAGAGUCGAGUCAACGAUGACGAUCCUUUCUUCUUGGCUGUGGGUUUUCAUAAGCCGCAUAUACCUUUUAGGAUUCCACAGGAAUACCUGACCCUGUAUCCUCUAGACCAAAUGACUCUGGCCCCCGACCCAGAUGUCCCUGAACGCCUUCCCACUGUGGCCUACAACCCCUGGACGGAUAUAAGGAAGAGAGAGGAUGUGCAAAAACUCAACAUUAGCUUCCCCUACGGCUCUAUACCAAAAGACUUCCAGCUGCGUAUCCGUCAGCACUACUAUGCUGCAGUGUCAUAUAUGGAUGCUCAAGUUGGUCGGCUGCUCAGUGCACUGGAAGAGCUGGGGCUGGCAGACAACACUAUGGUGGUGUUCACCUCUGAUCAUGGUUGGUCACUGGGUGAGCAUGGUGAAUGGGCUAAAUACUCGAAUUUUGAUGUCGCAACACGCGUACCUCUGAUCUUCUUUGUUCCUGGUGGCAAUGAAGCUGGUACAUCAACCUUCCCGUUUAUAGACGUCUUAAGGGAAUCUGUGCACAGCAUCAAAAGUGGCAAAGUCAGAAGUAGGGUGGUGGAGCUGGUGGAUGUCUUUCCUACUGUGUCCUACCUGGCCGGCCUCGAAGUUCCCGUGCAGUGCCCUGACAUUUCUUUCCAGGUGGAGUUGUGUACUGAAGGAGAAAACCGUGCCUACGCUGCGCCACAAGGGCGAAGCGAGAGGACUCCAGAAGAUGUAGCUUUCAGCCAAUAUCCUCGCCCUGCUGAUGCACCACAGGAGAACUCUGACCUCCCUGACCUCAAAGACAUAAAGAUCAUGGGUUACUCUCUGCGCACCUGGGACUACAGGUACACUCUGUGGCUGGGCUUCAAUCCCAAAACAUUUCAGGUGAAUGUGUCUGACGUCCAUGCUGGGGAGUUGUACAUGUCAGCAGAUGACCCCGGUCAGGACAAGAACAUCUUCAAUAACUCUGAUUACAGUGAGAUAAUGAGGAAGACUGCUAGCCUUCCUCAGACUGUCGGUUUGCAGAUGAGAAUGAAGCUGGAGUUCCACUACCUCACAGCGGGGAUGAAAACGAGCAGAGGGAAGCCAUGAGGACGGGAACUAAGCACAACAGAUGGGGACGAGUAAAAAGGGACGAUGGAGUGAAAGGGGAAAAAGGCUUGAACAUGUAAUUUGUGUGCACUUGUUUCUUCAGGCUGAUGUUUGUGCUUGAGAAAUCAUUGGUAGGCAGGUCUCAUGCUUUGACUUGGAAAACAUUUCAGAGCAGAAUAGUUUGACGCUAACAAAAAGAAACGCGCCUGUUUGCAGAAACUUGUAAUUCAUACAUGAUAUGAAUGCAGAUACUUUAUUUUAACCAAGCGCACCAUAUUUGUGUUACCAGUUAACGCCAGAGCUGGCUUGGUUAGUAAGGCACAUCCUUACAUGAUUCACUGAUACGUGUGGUUGGAGGAAAACUGGGCUUAGAACAAAAUGUACUCUGUGGAGAAAUGAACAUUUGACUCAAAGCUGCAGUUUGAAGCCUUAAUGAAAUGUCACCAUGUGAGUCACGUUAGGAUUGAACCACCAUACUGUGGGCAGAAGCAGGGACACCGGUUACCAAACCUUUUUUUUUUCUUCCUUUUUUUUGUAUCAGCGUGUGAACAUGUUUUGUUUAUUUAAAGUUGGGCAUUUUAACACGGGAAUCUGUGGCAACAGACACAACCUUUGGAGCCGGCCACAAGUGCAGUUUUGGUAUUUGCUUGUUUGCUUCAUUUGCCCCCAUACAGUUGUGUAGAGGAAUUGUAACCUUUGGAGCUCGAGCUGACUUAUAGUCGCCAUACUAAGAGUGUCCCGGUUAUUCAAUCCAACUGUAUUUUCCCUGAAAAAACUAAAGCAAACCAUCAUUCCUUGAACACGUCCCAUUAAACCCACAGGUGUCUGUGCAGGUGGACCACUGACGGGUUUCUGUGGAAAUCUCCACCUCAGACUAGAUAAAUGUGGCAUCUGGAAGUCUUUUCAUUUAAAGGAAUAUUGAGGAAACUUGCAGAACUCCUUUUAAUCAAUGUUGACACCCAUGUUUGACUUCAGUGUACUGGUAAAAUGCUUUAAGGAGAAGUCUCUCAGAAUAGCAGCCGAUAGGGACUUUUGUACUGUAGUGUUAAACAAUAUGACAUUUCUAUUUGCACUUGAUGUUACUUGCAGCUAUUUGCCCCCCCCCUCGUAAACAGUCAGUUCAGAUCAAUUCAGAGACCUGGAAUGAAGGGAGUAAAAGCCACCCAUAAUUAAAUGCAAAUGAAACAGACUGUAGCUACAUUUACUGUGGUUCCAGUGCGUGAACACACGGUGCCGUGAUAAUUUAGAAGAAAGCAAUUUCAGCUUGAACUUCAGGUCCAA